AUUGGACCCAAACCAAGCGUCUCUGGCUCCGACCGCUCGCGCGCCUCUGAUUCGCGCCAUGGACGCCACCAAGACGAUGCUGGUGGGACAUGCCUUCACUGCAGCCCAGGCCUUUGUGGCCGGCGUCAGCCGCCCCAAGACCCGGGAGUUGAGCUCGGACCUGGGCCGCAAAGACUUCGGCUUCUCCCACGAGGAGUUCGCAGAAGAGUCCGGCUUCUACGAAGGCACCUUCAAGGUCAAGCACAGGAAUGGCUUCGGGGUGCUCUACGAGAGCAACUCUGGCACAAAGUACCGGGGGCAGUUCAUGCACGACAAGAGGCACAACCAUGGGCUACAGACCUGGGCCGACAGCAGUAGCUACGACGGAGAGUGGGUCCAUGGUGCUAAGCACGGCACAGGCUCGUACAAGACGGUGAGUGACUCGUAUGCCGGGAAGUGGGAGGAAGGUUUCAAACAUGGACACGGUCACCAAGUCUUCGAGAACAAGGACGAGUACGUGGGCAGCUUUUGGAAAGGCCAAUGCAGCGGGCCUGGUGUGUACUACCAUGCCGAUGGCUCUGAGUAUCAUGGCGCUUAUGCCAAUGGCAAGCGCAACGGGGUCGGCAUGUACUUUGGACCAAAGCAGCAGAAGGAACACCACACCUACAAGCAAGGCAUCUUGGUUCAGCGGGAUAUCUUGUGGCCGGGGUCCAAGCCACCUCGGGGCCAGCGGGCGAUUCAGCCCAUGCAUUCUGACCAGCUGGUGGCAGAACAGAAGCAACUGGAUAUGAUAAAGGAUACCGUCUUUGACAACAUACCAUACAUGGGCCACUUGUGCGUGAAGGAUUCGUCCAUCAUGGACUUGUCCGCGCCCUCCAUCCGAAAGAGCCUCGCCGCAGUGAAUAUGGCCGAGAUGAAAGCUGGGCUGUACCCCUUUGAGGGGUCGGAGUGCUCCCCUGUGUCCGGCUCGGGACCGGUGCCGCUUCACCCUUUUCAAGUGGAUGCUUAGGGCGAAAAGCGCCUUGGAAGCGUCCGAGUUUCACCGGUCUUGUCAAAAGCAGGCAGCCGAAACAAAGAAGCCCGGCGUAAGGCGGGC